AUGGAAAACUACGAUUUUGAAUUCGAGGCUGAGAUCCCAGAGGAAGGUCCCCUCAAUGGUGGACGUGGGCGUGGACGUGGUCGUGGUCGUGGUCGUGGACGGGGACGGGGGCGCGGCAGAGGACCUGAAGGCCAAGGAGGAGGAUAUGACUAUGAAAACUUUGUGCCCCCAGUAAUUCCUGACCGCACUGCCGCCGAAAAAUUUAAGAAGGAGAAACCCCCGACUUUCGACGGAAUGGGUGGACCUGAAGACGCUGAGAGAUGGAUAAGGGCGGUGGAACGAAUCUUCCACUACAUAAACUGUGAGGACAAUGAAAAGGUUAAGUGCGCCACGUACCAACUCGUGGACGAGGCGGAUUUCUGGUGGGAGUCGGUGAAGAACACCAUGACUGAGGAACAGCUUGGGGAGCUAACCUGGGCGGAAUUUAAGACCAAGUUAUUUGAGAAAUAUAUACCAGAGUGCUACCGUCAAAGAAAGCAAAACGAAUUUUGGAAUCUGAAGCAGAGAAACAUGACGGUAUCUGAGUAUGACCGGACUUUCAAUCAGUUAUCCCGUUAUGCUCCACACCUGGUGGACACAGACGAAAAGCGAACAGAAAAAUUCCGAAAUGGUCUGCGCCAUGAAAUUUCAAUCGUCCUUGCAAGCCAAGGAGGCCUCACCUACGGCCAAACCUUGAACAGGGCACUCACCAUCGAGUCACUAUUGCCUAAGGAGAAGGCAAAGGGCCCUGCCCAAGCUGCUCACCCACCACAGCCUGGCCAAGCAUCACACUCAGAUGUGGGAAAAGGGAAGAGAAAAUGGGAAGAAUGA